ACAAGCGUGUGUCAUUUUGUAUUAUUUUUUCUUGUGGUGUUUAUCGUUGUUUUGAGCGAACAGAUAUCUCUUUCAAGAGAAGAUAGUGAUAAGUUGCUAUUUAUUUCUCGGUCAACAUUACUACAUGAACAUUUAGUGGAGCUGAAGGGUAGUUCCAGAUUCAACACGUUCAAGCUGCAGCGGCCGAACGAUAAUAAACCUGCUAAACUAGCUAAAGCUCAUCAGGAAGUUUUGCGCCCGAUGCAGGGCAAGAUGAAGACUGAUGUCAAUGGUGGACUCAAACAACAGACACGAAUAACAAAGCACCAAAAACAGGUGGCGGAUUUUAACAUUGCUCAUUUCAAUAAAUUAAACGAAGAAAAGUUGAAAGAUGGAGAGAUCGUGACGUACAACCCCGGUGACAAGGCCCCCGCAUUUAGUCUGAUAACAUUAGACGGCGUGCUAGAAUUCCCUAACAAGGAACUGUUAAACAAGAGCUUGAUGUUUCACGUGUAUGAUCCAGAUGUGGGGUUCAUGGACUGUCUGUGGAAUUCCUUCGUGGCGUUAAUCACACCACUCUCCAAACUACCUAACAACACUCAUGUUAUAUUUCUGUCUGAUGUGCCUCUCAAAGACGGUUUUUCAACUGCGCUGUGGAUGAAACAACAGAUAGUGCGGGGUUUUCAAUCUAUGUCCAGUUCGGUUAGCUUCAGUGAUAUUUCCAGUCGGCUUCAUUUUGUUGUUAGCCCUGUGAAGGGUUUAGGGAAUUGGAUACCCAGUGUACUAAAGGAAUGGAUGUGUGUAGAUCACAACUGUGGCUAUUCCCAAGUGGUUGUUCAGUCGCCAGAUAUCAGUGGUGCCAUAGUUUCCGAACGACUGGAUGCUCGUUAUGAUUGGCUGCCUUCUCCUGAGUCCAUCUUCCCAAACAAGACUGCUAUAGCCCUGACAGAUGCAGGCAGUGGUUGUCUCCCCUCACCCGCUGUCAAUGGUAGUGUGGCCUAUGUGACCUCAGGUGGCUGCUCAUUCUUCACUAAGGUGGCUGCCAUGCAGAAAUCAGGGGCUAUAGGUGUGUUGGUGACCUCUUUUGUCCCAGGGCACCUCAAGGACAUGAACUGUGAGGGAGAAGAGUGUAGCAUCCCUCUAAGGAUCCCAGCCAGUAUGGUGCUCGGGACACCAAGCCUGAUAGGAGACAAGAAGAAGACUGUGUAUUUCCAGACCACGCCAUCAGACAAUUACCAUUUUGCAAUCGACAGUGAGGGGCGUCUCGCCGAGUCAGGCUGGUGGCUGUAUCCAUCGUUCAAGUUCCUCGUGUGGGAAGCUCAGUGGUUAAACUACAAGACUGAGCUGAGUGGCCGGCUGGAUGAGGCCUCCCUGGUGGUCCCUGUGUUCAGCAGUCAGGUGAUGCAGGGUCAGGCAGGUGUGGUGGCUAAUGUCACACUGCCUUCCAUGGAAAAGAUGAGGCAGUAUGGGAAGGUGGAGCUGGACAUGUCACUAUCCUGCCCAGGCACUCGGGACACCAGCUGUGCCCACUGGGAUCACACCAUUCAGCUGUUUGUGUGUUGUCUAGGGAGACCGCCCCAGUUCUGCGAGCUGGAGAUUGGCCGCUGGAUCUCGCCAUUCAGAAGACGAGUGGGUCGUUGGUUGACGGACAUCACCCCACUUCUUCCUUUGUUAGAUGGGCCCUCCUGCACAUUCACAAUGAAAACAGCUCCCUGGGCAUUGCCAUGGAUACCAUCUCUUAACCUGAGAUUUUCACAGCCUAAAACCCAAGGAGUGUACCCAGCCUCUGUUCUGCCGUUGUAUCAUCCAGGAGCCACUUUUGAUAAGAAAUACAACUCCAACUUCCAGCCAAUUCAAUUCACAGUACCUCAGGAUACUAAAAAGGUGUUGAUUUACUCAGUGAUCACAGGUCAUGGCAGUGAUGAGAACGGGUGUGGAGAGUUCUGUGUUACCUCCCAUCACUUCAAUGUGAACAACAUCACCACCAACAUCACCUUUGAUAAUGCAGGCACACCCGAGGGUUGUGCUGAUCAUGUACCUGCUGGAGUGAUCCCUAACGAGCAUGGCACCUGGCUGUACGGCCGUGAUGGCUGGUGUGACGGACAGCAGGUGGACAGCUGGCGGAUCGACAUCACCAACCAUGUGACCACAAAUUCAUACAACCGCUUGCAGUAUUACGGGUGGUUUAACGGCACUGAUCCCAACCCUAAGGAAAACCCUGGCAUCAUAAUCCUGUGGUCCUAUCUGGUCUACUAUAAACCAUUCUCCUGAUCAGAGGAAAACGGAGGAGAGUAUGCACCAUUCCCCGUCAGGUGGAAGAGUAUUUAGUGCUUUUGUGAAAGUAAUAGUGGAUAUAAAACUAGACCUGUAUGUGUGAAAGUUAUAAUGAGGGUUCUUGAGAGUUCGUCUGUUAGUGGAUAAAUGGACAUACUUGUACUUUUCAGAACCAUUUACAGAAAAUGUUAAUUGUACAAAUGUCUUAUGUACUGCAGGAUAGUACUAUAAGUACAGUGGUCUUCUGUUUUAUUUAGUUGUGUGGAAUUCUUUUUUCAAACAUGAUACUUAACACACAAAAAAGUGCUAUAUUAUUGUGAAAGUUUCUCACAUGUGUUUAUUGUUAUUUGCUCGUGUAGUUUUCUAAUAUAAACAUUGUUUCUUUGAAGAAUCCUUGCCAUGCGGUGAUGCAGGCUGUGUACAUGUUGACUUCCACCCCAACCAAGAAAAGACUGUGAUAAAUGACAAUUUGUGCAUUGACAGUUCCAAUAAUUUUUCUCCAGUAAAUGUAUACAAGGCUAUUCAAGGAGAUACACCAAUGAUGAUUUCGAAUUUAUUGUUUCAUGCUGACUGGUAAUGAUCCUGUGGACAUUUUGUUGACUAAUUUAUAAAUGUAAUCAUUGAUGAAGACGACAUUUGCCGAGGCCAUGUUUCAGUGCUGAACUGUGAAUUCUAGGUUUAUUUUGCAUCGGUUGUGAACGUAAUGUGAUUUCGUCUUAAUAGGAAUGCAUGUAAGUUGAAGACUGUUAACUUGAUUUCAUGUAGUUUUUAUCUUUAAUGCACUAAAAGUUAAGUCAUACUUAAAAUCUUAGUACUAGUCCUGUUUUGAGAUAGGUACAGAUGAUAUUUUAGAAGUGGAUUAAGUAACAGUAUUACCGUUAAUAGAGAUUACACUUUCUGAAUACAGCACAGAUUCUAGUGCUGAAAUUUGGCUGAGACCAACAGGCCUUCCACAAAAAUAGAAGAUAGAUGACCAGUAUGCUUUACAGCGAACAUGCAUUACCAUGGUUGAGUGAUCUAGACAGUUGACAUGUAUUGCUGUCGAUUUGGUGCCUGACUCUGAGGUCACUGGUUCGAAACCUGCGGUGGUCUCAGCCAAAUUUUAGCACUAGAAUCUGUGCUAUUUUCAGAAAGUGUAAUCCCUAUUAAUGAUAAUACUGUCAGUCUUGUUUUCAUGCAUUACUGUGGUUUGCUACUACCAGCCUUAAUACUUAAUGGUAUCUUAACAUCUCUUAACAUCUGAUCCAAGGAGCUUAAAAUUUGACCAGGUGUUUUAUUGUUGUGUUUCUGAGUACCAGGUAGUUUGUGGCAAUCAGAAAUUAGGGCCUAUCCACCAGUAUCCAACUUAAUAGUGUGAUGGACAAGCCUAUGUCAUUGAUAUAUUGGUACAUUAUUGAUGUAUAAGUUACCAAAAAAGGUAAGAGCUUAGCUUGUCAUGUACCGGUAUGCAGUUUAUGAAAACUUGAAGUGGCAAAUUUGUACAAGAAUUUAAGAAUUUAUUGAUCAAAAUAUUGCUGUAGAUAUGUAUAUAUAUAUUUAGGCCUAUUUCAGAUGUUAUAUGGAAAAUGUUAAAAUUUAUAAUAAAAUGGUAAAUGUC